GUGUCUAGAGCAAGCUAUCUGAAAUCGUCAACUGUGUUUAUUAAUUUAACGCUAUUGAACAUACUCUGGCAGAUUUGUCAGCCAGUUGAACUCGGACCAAAACAAACACAGAAGGAAAAAUAUUUGGCUUAGACGUCUGACAGUCAAACAGCUAUUUUCCAAAUGCCGAUACGAUUAAACAAGAGGUGUGAGAAGAAAAUGUUCAUUAUGCGGCCUGCAGCAGAGACUGGCUUUGUAGUGUAGCAGUAACUAGCUGUUAGCUAGAAUGCUAAUGUUACCGUAGCUAACAGAAGCUACCGUUAGAUAACGGUAACGUAAUGCAAGACGACCCGACAACAGUAGCUGGGAGUAGAGGCUACUGCUUCUGUUGCCUUAACUAUCAGCCCAAUUGUUUGAAACGGGCUUGUCACCUAGCCAGGUAGCUAUUUAGGCUAAACAGAAACUCUGAUAACUUAUUUUCAACGUUGCCUUUUUUUCUGCCGGAAUAACAAGUAUGGGGAUGUGCUUACCGUGCCUUGGUGGAGCAGCGGACGACGUUGUUGUCACUCCAGAUCCCGAUACAAGGAGACGACAGUUAGCCGAGGCUGCCGAGAAGAGACAAAAAGAGACAGCAUACAGGGGUGUUAAAAAUCCAGAAGCUGUCGAAAGGAAAAGGAAAAAAAACGAAGAGACGGAGAAACAGGCGAUAACCACCUCUGUGUCUGGUGGUGGUGGUGGGUUGAAGUGGCAGGUAGGAUGAAAACCCUGAUGGUAAAACCUGAAGUCUCGACUCUGAAGUCCAAAACAACAUGAAGAAUUGCUGCAAGAUGACUUGAAAGAUGUCGGAACUGCUGUCCAUUGUUCAACCUUUUUUUUUUUUGCCUAUUUUAUGAUGUUAUGAAGUGAUUACAGACAGAACAGCUGGACUAGCUCCUUUGUUGCCAAGUUACACAAGCCUGGACCUUUGGACAAAUCAAGUACGAUACACAGUAUUGUGCAAGCAAAUAUAUAUACUACUGUAUUAGUUUUAUUUGACAGUUGAUUAGACAGAGUCUUACAGUGGCUCGCAUUAGAUAAAAAUAAAAUAAUAUAAUUAUGAAGUCAAGUUGUAUCUCUGGUGACUGUGGUCAUAUUCAGAUGAGCUGUCCUCAACACACUUAUAACAUAGGCUUCAUCAUUGCACUUUUCUUAUUGGGUUUCAUAGUCGAGGAUCAAUAUUCACUGUAUAUUGGUUAAUGGCCACAUUACUUUUUGUAUGACUUCUCCAAAAAUCCAUUAUGCAAAUGACAUAUUUCACAAGACAGUUUAUGUUUACGAAGAAAUCUGAGUGUGCUUACUGUAGUAUUGGUGUACAGUAAUAAGAGUCCUCUUAACACUCAUUUCACCUUGUUCAGGGCUCUAUUUGUUGGUAACACAAAGGCUAUUGCAAACAGUGCUACAACUUGUUGGCAGUUACUGAACUUGUAAUUCACUUUGACAGUCUCUGGGGUACUUUCGUGUUCAUGAGAAAUACAGUGCAAAGUGUUGGUGUCUUUCACAUUUUGUUGAGAAUAGGUCUUUCCUUGGUGCAGUGUUGUUUGGUUGCUAAUUUGGUGAUUCCAUCAGUAAGCACAAACUGCUUACUUCACAAAAUGUGCACCAGCUACAGAUUAAUGUAAUUAAUGAAUACAUUAUUUAGUGUAAAGCAACACAUUCUCCAACCAGUAAAUUUGAUGACCCUUUAAUGACCUAUUGCACUUUGCACUGGCCUUUGCUAUUUCUCCUUUUAAUAGAGCCUUUUUUGGGUUUUCUUCUGCACAAUUUCAGUUUGUUGUAUUGAAUUAUAAUGUAUGCAAAACACUAAUAUGUUGCCUGCUAAUAUAAAUGAGAAAUGAAAUGUGUUUAUGGAUUACCAUAGGACAAACAGAAGCUUUUGUUAGACAUUUAUUUGCACACAGUUUGUCAGUAUUUGGUAAAGAGCGAAUAGGCUUGCUUACAUUCUAUAUUGGGAGAGAUUCAUGUCAGCUACAAUGGAGAUGUGAAGAAGGUGAAGGAAAGAAUAAGUGUGUAUGUUGUGAAAUUUUUACUUUGACUUGCUUAAAAUGAGUGCAUUUCUUACAGCCUUCACUUGAUCCUUAAAUGCUUCCGGUGCUCUCGCCAUUUUGUAGAAAGCCAAUGUUAUUUGCUACAAUAAAUCACAUUUCUGCUA